CUCACCCUCCCCUUCCCUCCCUCCCGGCAGCCCCAGCCCUGGCGAGCCGCCUCCAGCAGGGGCUCCGGAGAGCAGGUCGGCGGCCUGGGCAGGGCAGCCGAAGCCAUGGAAGCCUCUGCAGGUUGCUGAUCAGGGCCAGACAGCUGCAGCCGCGACUGCAGAGGCGCUGCGCCAAGCGGGGCCGGAACGGUGCGAGCCGGCGGGCUGCGGAGCGCCAGUGGACUCAGGGGGGGAAGCUGAAACCCAGGAGCCCUAGUAACGGAAGGAGAAGAAAGCAUUCGUUGGAAGUCCAUCAUUUCAUUAACAGCCCAGAAUCAGAGAAGGUUGGAUCCAGAAGUGUCCUAGAGACCAUCUAAUCCAACUCCUGGCCUCCCAGACGUGCCUGCUUAGACCAUUGUACAGGAAGGCCCAAGCCACAUGCCAACGGGCGCUCUGGGAAGGUGACGUCGAGACUAGCCCAGCCUAAUUUGGGGUUCCUGGUCCUGCUCCAGGAGUCCUCCAGCCUGCAGCCCCCACCGAGGAGGGAGGAUUGUCCAGCGCGGGUUGGGGUCCGAGUCAGGGAUCGGGGGGCCUGGCUUAUAGCGUAGAGGACUUGGUGCUGCGCUGGGGGUCAGGAGGCCCUGCCCCGAUGCCCUUGUGACCUUGGUCAAGGCCUUCAAGCUCUCUCUCCACGUUCAAUCAUCUGGAGAACGCGGGGUUGGAUCUAUGAUUUCUGGCUGCCCUUGAAGCCCUGACGAUCGAGAUUUUAAGUCAGGGGGCAGGAGUGUGCUAACUUCGUUGGCGGAGGCAGCUGUGGCUAACGCCUGGCCUACCGGGCCCUCGCUCGGUCCUGGGGUGUCCUGCUAAAGGCCCCGGGGACACCACCCAUCCUGCCCCUCACCCGGACCCGCAGCCUCAUGGCCAUGUCCCUGCCGGGCAGUAGACGGGCCUCUGCUGGAUCCCGCAGCGGGGGCCCUUUGGGCCGCAGCGGCCUGGCGGUGUUCGCCCAGUGUCCGCAGCUGCCCGCCAGCCCGAACGAGCACCUGCCUCUUCUUCCUGCCUCCAGGCGCACCUCUCCCCCCGUGAGCGUGCGGGACGCCUACGGCACCUCCUCUCUCAGCAGCAGCAGCAACUCGGGCUCCUGCAAGGGCAGCGACAGCAGCCCCACACCCAGGCGCUCCAUGAAGUACACGCUGUGCAGCGACAACCACGGCGUCAAGCCCCCCACCCCGGAGCAGUACCUGACCCCCCUGCAGCAGAAGGAGGUGUGCAUCCGGCACCUGAAGGCCCGGCUGAAGGACACCCAGGACCGGCUGCAGGACCGGGACACCGAGAUCGAUGACCUGAAGACACAGCUGUCGCGCAUGCAGGAGGACUGGAUCGAGGAGGAGUGCCACCGCGUGGAGGCCCAGCUGGCCCUGAAGGAGGCGCGCAAGGAGAUCAAGCAGCUCAAGCAGGUCAUCGACACGGUCAAGAACAACCUGAUUGAUAAGGACAAGGGGCUGCAGAAGUACUUCGUGGACAUCAACAUCCAGAACAAGAAGCUGGAGACGCUGCUACACAGCAUGGAAGUGGCCCAGAACGGCACGGCCAAGGAGGACGGCACCGGGGAGUCGGCCGGCGGGUCCCCUGCCCGCUCCCUCACCCGCAGCUCCACCUACACCAAGCUGAGUGACCCCGCCGUCUGCGGCGACCGCCCCCCCAGCGACCACCCUGGGGCCUCUGCCGAGGACGGGGCUGACAGUGGCUUCGCGGGGCUGACCGAGGACACGCUGAGCCGGACGGACGCGCUGGAGGCCAGCAGCCUGCUGUCGUCGGGGGUGGACUGCGGCCCCGAGGAGGGCUCGCUGCACAGCAGCUUUGGCCUGGGCCCCCGCUUCCCCGCCAGCAACACCUACGAGAAGCUGCUGUGCGGCCUGGAGGCCGGGGUGCAGGCCAGCUGCAUGCAGGAGCGCGCCAUCCAGACGGACUUCGCGCAGUACCAGCCGGACCUGGACGCCAUCCUGGAGAAAGUGACCCAGGCCCAGGUCUGCGGGGCAGUCCCUGAAUUGGGGGUCGGGGAUCCAGAGCUGGAGCCCCAUCCCCCGGGGCCCAAAGACCCCACCUCCGCCGUGGUGGUGACGGUGGGUGACGAGCUGGAGGCGCCGGAGCCCAUCACCCGAGGGCCCAGCGCGCACCGGCCGGGUGCCAACCGCAGCCCCGGCCCGUCGGUGAGCGUGGCGUGCCCGCUGGAAGAGGAGGAGGCGGCCGCCGCCGAGAAGGAGCCCAAGAGCUACUGGAGCCGCCACUACAUCGUGGAUCUGCUGGCCGUGGUGGUGCCGGCCGUGCCCACGGUGGCCUGGCUCUGCCGCUCGCAGCGGCGCCAGGGCCAGCCGGUUUACAACAUCAGCUCGCUGCUAAGGGGCUGCUGCACUGUGGCCCUGCACUCCAUCCGCAGGGCCAGCUGCCGCUCGCUGAGCCCACACGGCCCGAGCGCCGCGGCAGGCAGCUCCCAGCUGUGAGCGCGGCCUGACCGCUCUCCCUCCCGCUCGUGCCCCGGGGGCCUCAUCUUACUUCAGUUUGGGGUUUGGGAGUGGCUUUUUCGGGACGUGAACGGUGUCAGGGGGCUGGGAGUCGGGGUUGGGAGAAGGCACCCCCAAACCGUGACAGAGGACAAGGGGAGAGAGACCAAAGGCAGGGAGGCACGCCGAAGGGACGCACUGCAGAGAGGGGAGGUGGGGAGGUUCCCCCACCCGGCCCUGUCCACCUGGACCUCCGCACGGGGCCGCCCGCCCACCGCCCCCUCCCCAAAGUCUCCGGUCUGUCGAUGUGGGGAGGCGGGGCCUGAGGUGCCCGCGGGAGCCUCCCGCGCGCCCCCACCCCCGUGUCCCGAUCCGGCCCGCCCACCCCUCCUCUCCAGCCACCCCCUGCCCUCAGUCCAGCCUUCUGGGCCAGUAUUACCUCCUCGCCCAGAGCACAGGCCACCGGCCCAGGACUCGGAGCCGGGGUCUGCAACCCCUGGGCCCCGGCUGCAGUUCCAGCGUCUUCAGGCUGCUCCCGGCUGUGGGAUUCGGAAGCCUAGUCUGGCGAUAGGCGCGGGCCGGAGGAAAGACGGGGCGAUGUUGGGCACGAGGCGGCAGAGCGCAGCGUGGCUUCUGUGUCUGUUCGUCCUGGACCUUUCCCCAGGCUCCGCUUCCCUCUCGGCGCGUCUGGCUGUGUCAGAUCGUUCUUCCCAUGAGAGCUGAGCCGGACAGGCUAGUGCUGGGGCUGGAGCCUCUGCGGGCCCCGGAGGAGGCGGCGGCGGCGGCUGGCAGCUGUGUGUGUGGGGGGGGGGACCUCCUCCAGCCCUUCUGAGACAAGGUCCUGAAGUCGGGGAGGCGGGGCUGGACUCGGCAAUCCUCAGCUGCUUUGAGAAGCCAGACGACUGCCCCUGGAGCUCACCCCAAGUUUCUCUGGGGGGCCUCGGGCCCAACUUCUGCUUUGCACUAUGUUCACUUUGGGGCUUGGCUCUCAUGCACCCCAGCAUCUCCACUGAGGGGCUGCUUGCAUUCUAGGGUGAGGGCUCCUAGACUUAGACCUACCUGCCCCUGGAGGGACUCCCAGCAGGACGGAUGGCACGAUGGGAUACUGAAGCCAUGAUGUUUCUCCCGACCAAAGCAGGGUGCCCCGGGUUGUCUCAGGCAGGGACGGGGCAGGGCAGGUGGGAGCCCUGCGGCCUCCCUGCUCACAGCCUGAGGCCAGGCGGCCUGGGACCUUCACUGUCCCCCCUCCUUCCCUGGGACCCCAUGUGGUCCUCCAGCAAAGCUGCUGACGUUUUACCACCACUAUUAUUUGACAAAAUGAACGCACUCCUUCUCCCUUGAGGGGCUUACACCUGUCUGGCGGCCCCUCCCACUCUUCAGAGGUUAGGCCCCACAUCUGGGGGGGGUGGGACCCCGUGUUUCACUCAUCCCUCUGGCCCCGGGGCCACUCUGGUUCUCUGCCCAGGUUGCUCGCCCACCCCCGUUGCUCCGACAGCCAGCUGCUGCCUCACUUAGGGGCCCGGCCUUUCCUCUCUGCGUCCUCCACUCAAGGGGGGGGCACCUGCAUGCACUGGGAGUGGGCAGCCAGCUCAGCCAUGGGGGCGACAGCCCCCUCUGCCACACGCUUUGUGCCUCCAAAGCUCCCCCCACCGGUUGGGGCCUCAGACAGACCAGCCGUCCUUUGUGGAGCACCACCCCCCCCUCGCCGAACCACACCCAAACUCCUGGGGCCUGGCUGGGGCUGCCCCACAGACGCUGGGGUCGUGACACGGAGGGGCAGUGAACAAAGCCGGGCCUGGCCGUGGACCCAGCCUCCUGUGCCGUGUACUCGCGAAGCUGCGCGUAGUGUCUCCUUAGAAGUAGCCCAAGCUUUGCCGAGAAAAUAAAUGUAUGACUCUAUUUGACAACAUGAAAUCUAUGUAUUUUUCACACUGGAAUUCAGUCGAGCCGCGCAGCCCCUCUGCUCCUGUGUCUUGCUAUCUGUGGCCUUCCUGUCGCGUCUUGUGUUUCGGUGGACGUGGUCGGGGCCGUAGCCGCUCCGUCCCGCCGGAGGACGCCCUGCUGAAGGGCCGCGCCCGAGAUCACAGUGGGGAUGACGGUCAAGGUGACAACGUUCCCGGCCAUGGCCAGAAUCUCUGUGACUUCUUUGUCCUGGAGAGGAGGUGGAUCUCACGCACCCCAGGCUUGAUCUCCGCACGCCGUGUGCCAAGGCUGUUCCCAGACAGUGGUGCCACCAGCUGGCCUGGCGAGGAGCCAGAGCCCACCAUCUGCAGACACCAGGGUGGGGUCAG